AGAAAAGGGUACAAUUAGUCAUAUUGGUUUGACCGUGUGUAAGGAAGAGUUUGAUGUUCCCUUCGGAUGGCCAAAUAAGCUCUUCCUCCUUCCGCAAUUCUUGGUCUCGAUCAGUAUCCCCAUUUUCACCUAAGUUUGGCACUUUCAACAAGUUGAUUGGAUGGGAUUUACUUUCUAUUUUGGUUCCCUGGUUGGUUCGGUUUCCUCCUAUGACGUUGCUACCCCAACCAAAGAAAUUCAAUGGCUGGGGUCUGUCUUCACUGGCAUCUUCUUCUGUGUUGUUGUUUAUAGAUUGACUGCUAUUUUGAGUUCUUUGUCGUUCGCGGGAUAUGGCAAAUUGAAUAGGGCAGAGAAAAUUGAAUGGAAUAACCGGGGAUUCUCAACUGUUCAUGCUCUUUUUGUAUCAUUUGCGUCAUUUUACUUUGUGGUGUUAUCAGACCUCUUCAAAACGGAUUCACAAGAAGAACUUGUCAUUAAUAGAUCAUCCACUUUCUCAAAUUCGGUACUGGGGAUUUCUAUAGGUUAUUUUCUAGCAGAUGUGGCAAUGAUUCUUUGGCAUUUUCCAGCCUUAGGUGGUCUGGAAUACGUUUUACACCACGGGCUGUCCAUGGUUUCAAUUAUUCAAUCUUUGCUAAGUGGUCAAGCACAGAUCUACAUCCUAAUGAUUCUUUUCUCCGAGAGUACAACUCCUUUUGUAAAUCUAAGAUGGCACUUGGACGUUGCUGGUCUUAAGAACUCCAAACUUUACGUGUGGAAUGGCGCCGCAUUGUUCUUCGGGUGGUUGAUUGCAAGGAUUUUCCUAUUUAUAUUCUUUUUUAUCCACAUGUGGACCCAUUUUGAUGAGGUCAAAGAGAUCUUCCCAUUGGGGUUUUACACCUUGCUUGUGGUGCCUCCUGUGUUGACGAUUAUGAAUUUGUUUUGGUUCUGGAAGAUCGCCAAGGGUUUGGUUAAAACUCUUUCAAAAGCAAAACAUAGCGAGUGAGCCUACUAAAUGUCCAUUGAAUUAAUUUAGUACAGUUGUGAUUAACUUUUUUUUUUUCCCUCUUAUCAUUCUAAAAAGAUUCAGUACGGUAUAUGCUGUAUAUUUGCCAUUUAGAAAUUGAAUAUAUUCUUGUGAUUACAUACAUGUAUUCUGAAUCAGUAAAGAAAGCAAAAGGUUAAAAUUAAAACCACAAAGAAACAUCAUUACAUGGUUUAAA